GUAAACAGAAAAGUGAUCUUGUUUAUUCACUUUAUGAAGUAGAACAACGUUCCAUUUUAUUCUUUCUUUUUUCGUUUGAACUCGUAAAACGAACAUUUUUUUGUACUUCAGUGCAUUAAACACGUGAGAAUUUUCUGACAAUUCGUAAACAUGAAUGAGAUGAAAGGAAGAAGAUUAAGUGACGCCAUGUCAUCUUCACCGCGCGAAGGAAGUUCGAGUUUCAAGCGACCAAGUUACAAUGAAUACGAACGUGAAAGUUUCAACGAUGAAAGAAGGAAGCGUCGCCAUGACGAUUCAAAAUGGGAGCGGGACGCGUUUGAGAAGCCGGCCAAGAAGAUGGCUCUGAAGGCUGAAUUUGAUGAACACGAACAAGGACGUUCGAAACCGGUUGAAGCUUCGCAGCAGAAAGAACGCAGGGGUUUGGAUCACUAUGAUGAAAAGUUAAAAAAGGCCAAUCUUCGGUGGGAUCCCAGCAAGGAAGAAAUAUCUAUAGAGGAAAAAAUCGAUUGGUUUAUGAACACAAAAGAGCCACCGUGCAUCAAAGAUCUAAACAGUUGGAUAAAAGUCGAACCAACAUACUGUACGACUAUGACUUUGUACUGCGAUGCAGCAGUUAUAUGUGGAGUGUUAAGCUCGAAAUUAGUGCUCGAAAAUUUGGACAAAAACGAGAUAGAACGAGCGCGAACGAGAUCGAAUCCUUUUGAAACGAUUUACGGUUCAAUAUUCCUCAACAGAGCUGCUGUGAAGAUGGCGAAUUUGGACAAAGCUUGCAACUACGCAUUAACCACCCCAAUAAACAUAUUGGGAUCCGACGAGCUCUUCUAUUUUGCCGAUGUUUGCGCUGGUCCCGGUGGUUUCAGCGAGUAUGUGCUAUGGCGGAAGAAGUGGCAUGCCAAAGGUUUUGGCUUCACAUUACGAGAGUCGAAUGAUUUCAAGCUGGAAGAGUUCUAUGCGGGUUCGCCGGACACUUUUCAUCCGUUUUAUGGUCCCAAAGGCGACGGAGAUGUUUGUAAUCCGGAAAAUCAAGAAUCAUUCAGACAAAUGAUCAUGCAACAAACGCAUGGACAUGGUGUCCACGUCAUGAUGUCCGAUGGUGAUUUUUCGGUUGAGGGGCAAGAGAAUAUUCAGGAAAUGCUAUCAAAACAGUUGUACCUCUGCCAGUGUCUCGUUGCGUUAAUGGUUGUUCGUGAAAGAGGACAUUUCGUGACAAAAUUGUUUGACAUCUACACUCCCUUUUCCGCGGGCCUCGUUUACAUAAUGUCUCGAUGUUUCAAAAGCAUUUCUAUAUUCAAACCGAACACAUCGAGACCAGAUAAUUCCGAGCGCUAUCUCAUUUGCAAAGGGAAACAUUCGAACGUAGCGGAUGUGAUUGAAUAUUUUUCACGUGUUAAUCGUAUCUUGUUGAACCGAGACAGAAAUCAAGAUGCGAUGCAACUCGUGCCCCAUGAAGUCCUGAUGGAAGACAAAGAAUUUUUCAAAUAUUUGAAAAAUUCAAACGCAACUCUCGGCCGACGACAAAUCGUUGAACUCCAAAAAAUCGCUGCUUUUUGCGAAGACGCCACUCUCAUGGAGAAUCGACAAGCUGAGACGAGAAAAAUGUGCCUCAAACAUUGGAAAUUGCCUGACAAGGUUCGUACUAUUCCUCGGAUGACUGCACCCGGAGAACGCUUGAGAACUAUCAUGAAAAAUUCAACCAUGAAGUUUAUGACGACUCAACCUGAGACACUAAAGACUUCGAACCUCCCCAAAUUAUUGAAUGUACAUCACGAUUGGUUCUGUGUGAUUUGCGAGUCUUCCAAUCAAAUCAACGACGCAUCCCCGAGUUUCUAUAUUGGACUGGGCGGAUCGAAAUCUUACCGUUACGACAACGGUACUUGGAUCAGAGUUCCAAAUCUUUAUUUAUGCCCCGACACUCUCGUUUUUGCUGAGCUUGUCACCGAAUUACGAGGCCAAUACACCCAGCAGACGAGUACGAGAGCUCUUCACAUUCUCGACUCUUAUUUUCUGGGAGGCGAGGACGUUAGUCAAAAGUCCAUCGAAAAGAGGUACAGAUUGACGAAGUUGUACACCGAGGCUCUCUGGAAACCGACGAACGGCGAAUGGAUUCGCGUAAGAGCGAAAGAGUUGCAUCCCCUGACGGAGAAUCUCGGGAAAAAAUUUAAUCUUCAGUUCCGUACGUUGAAACAAGGUACUCAAGUGUUAACGCACGUAUCGUCGCAAGAUAGCGCCCAAUACGAAGGCACCGAUGAUCCUUAUUUCAUAGUGCCGAACAGCGUUGUCUUUUUCAAGAGCACUGCACUUCAUUGGUCUCGACAUAUCAGUCAGACUUCUGGUUAUCAUUAUUAUUACGAUCGCAAGAACAAUAUGUCGUACCAGGAAAAGAAAAGGCCAGCAUGCGCGAAUGCUUCUUUCGAGGAAUCGUUUGAGAACCGUUUUGUUUGGUAUUGGUCGCCAGAUUCGACGUUGACGAGAGAAAGUUUAUUUGAGGUGAUCCGUAACAAGCGGGUGCGACCGGUGACUAAAUAAUUUUAUAUCAAGAAUUCGGCUAAAUUAGAAGCCGAAUUAGAAGAUUUAUAUUUUUUUUUAAUCAUUUCCAAAUAAUCGCUCCGUAAAAUUCAUCGUGCAUCAAGAAAAGAAUCAAACAAAACUUUUAUUCGUCUUCAUUUUCACAUUUACGUAAUGAAAAACGUGAGAUCAUUAAAAUACUAUGCGAAUAAACAAAAUCUGGGAUUUAUCAGUAGAUUAUCAUGCGACUGGAAUGUUAAACGCGUUCGGCCAUAUUUCUUUCGUAUAUAGUUCGAUGACCUUUGUACGUAAACUAAACUUCGCUGUAACGAUUAGAUAGCUGAAAAACUGUGAACGCGUUUAACGAUACUGUGAAAUUAUUUUUUUAAAAAAUUUUUUCUUUAAUUUCUUGGAUUCCUGACAGAACAAUUGAAAGCAAUGAAUUUUGAUUAUUUCUCUUCUGUCUGAUAACGAGUAGCUUUAACUGAAUGACGAUUCGUAGAUCUCGUUAAUCGAUACGUGGAAUGACCAUCAUUUAAUAAGGAAAUUAAGAAGAGUGAAAGAUUAAAACAAAACAUUGCGAAUCUUGAUGUUUGCAAGUCCGGUUGCUUACUUUUAGAAAGCUGUGUAAAAAGCUUUCCUAUUUCCGCUUUCAUUAUGCGUGGCAGUGAUAUUUUUUGGUCAGUAUACGCAAUAUAAUAAUAUUGAAUAAUGAUAUGUUGAUGCAGAAUAUUUUGUAAGAGGUGUCGAAAGUUUAUGAAGCGAAUUGUGAAAUUCUGAAAGAAAUAAAUUCGGAGAAAUUAAAUUUUAUAAGAAUUCCUAUUUCCAUUGAAUCGUCCAAAACGUUCAAUGAAUUAAAUCGUUAUUUGCUGUUCUCUCAGAGUAAAACAAGAACAGAAGACUUUUGCCUUUCAGAAUUCCACAAUUUGCUCGCGUCGUCAAUAUUUUCGGCUCCCUGUUUUUAGGGAUACUGAAUAUAGUAGUACUGACAGUACUGUGAUAAUACAUGAAAUUAAAGAAGAAAAGGCCUGGCUUGUUUUUAUAAUAAAGACGAUUUUGUAUUAUAAUAAAGAAACGAUUUGUAUUAAAGUAUAAAUAAACGAUGAGGUAUCAAGGAAAAA